ACAGUCUUUGGUUCGCCUCCGUAGUAAUUGGAUGUAGUUCUUGUAACUACGCAUAAUUUUUUAAUCGUGAGGACUGCGUACGCGCUGUCCCUGUUUUUCUUUUUACAUCAUACUACUGGAAAGUGGCGUAUGGACAUUGCUGCAUGCAGUCCGAAGCCAUAUAACGAACUGAACUGAACUGUGAAUAAAUACAACUGAUGCUAACAGGUCUUUUGUUGGCUUCCGAAGCAGCGUUAGAGUGAAACCUUAACUGGUGCCUGUAGCCAGGAUUCUGAGAGAGAGAGAGAGAGAGAGAGAGAGAGAGAGAGAGAGACAGAGAGAAAGAGAGAGAGAAAGAGAGAGAGAAGAGCGAUCGUAAAGAACGAUAACCAGUAUUUCUCUCAUAUUGUAGAAUAUAUAUUUCAUAUUUUACAAAUAUAAUUUUUGUAAAAACUACCAGUGAAAAGCUAAAUAAAUUAUUGUGGACAGGUCUACAAUAUACAUUUGUGACUAUUUAUUGACAUUACAUCAUGGGAGAUAUAUUAACAAAUGAACAAAAAGCAUUCUUAGCAGAAUGUGAAGAAGAAUUUAAAGACCGCUAUACAGAGAAGGAUAGUAGUUUUAUGGAAAUCAAGAAACAAAUAUCUAAGAAGCCACCAAUUAUAGAUCCUUGGUACAAUAAACCACAUAGAUCCUACGACUGGACACGUCAAAAUCAAAAUAGACGUAAUCAUCAUUGGGAUCGUCGAAAUAAUGAAAGGAAUGAAAAAUGGGACCGUCAUGCUGGUAAACAUCACAUGCAUCAAAGACAAAGAAUGUAUUAAUAUAAAAUGAUCAACAUAAUUGUAAAUUAAAUGAUAUGCAAAAUGAUUCUAAUUUAAUUAUAAUUAUUUAUGUCUCCAUAAUGUAACUUUAGUAAUAAUUAUUCUGUUACCUAAUAAUAAACAAUAGUAUACAUA